UUCCGGACAUCAAAACCGUCCGGUCACAAAAUGGUUCCCCUACAAUUGCAGGAAGUCUUUUGCUUGUCCGUAUGUGAACGUCGUAUUGAUUCAUUGAUGUUUUUGGCAUCGCUUUUGUUAUAAUCAUAAAUGGAUUCCAGGGUUUCUGAGAAUAAGGUGUCUCAACCGUUGAGACGAUCGACAAGGCAGACUUCGAGUAACGUUAAAGUAUUGGGUUUUGAACUGACUGCCAGGGGUCCUCUGAAGAGGACCAGACGGGAGUUAAAAAAACCAACUCCUGUGACAGCUGUCAAUGGUUCCGGAGAUGUGGAGACUGGCUCAGAGGAUGAAGAGUCCCCGAGCAAGAAGACACGGCUGGAGACUGGAGGAGCAGUGGGCGACCAUGGUGAUGAGAUGGAUGUGGAUGUUCAGGAAUCAGAUGAAGACAUGGAGAAAAAUGAAGACCUGGAAAUGGAUAGUAUGCAGGAGUCCUCCCAUGGCACUCACCAACCAGAAAUCUGUCAAGACGCCCUUGGAGAUACGAAUUUAUCCCCUCGUGUAAUGUUCGUUGCUGUAAAUGAUGAUCCAGACUUGAGGAAAACCGAGAGAGUAAAACCAACUCAACCUAGUCGACCUGUAGCGCCCACCAAGUCUGCCGCACAAAUCAGACCACCGGCAAACCGACAUGAUGUGAAGAUCAGAAGCACGGACGACUACCAGAAGACGAUGAAAGCCAAGAGCACUGCUUUAGGUUUACCGCUGGAUAACCACCAUUACACAAGUGUGUCUCGAGCCUCGGAGAACUCCGACACAACACGACGACAACGUGUGAAUAACAAUCGGAUACAAAAACCAGUUUGGCACACAAAACCAGAAAUAAAGAAAAGGCCUGUUCUCGAGAGAAGCUCUGGAUAUUCCUGUGGAGGACUCGCGUGGUGUCUGUGGCGUUUGUUCCUCGUGGCGUUGAUCUGUUCCGCCGUCUUGCUGGCCUGCAAGAUCAUCCCUGUACUCAAAAAGACUGCAGCUGAUGGAACGCAUCCACCCAGUGCUGCAAAGCCAGAAAUGUUUGCAGACCAGCUGUCUCUUCUUGAGGCUCAGUUCCCGAGUCAGCGGCCUGAGUUGUGGAGGAGGAGCAAGAUCCACCUGGAAAAGCACCUGCAGACAGCUCAGCCCACAGAGCCAGUCAGUCUGAUCUUCACCGCUGGCCACGGGGCUGAGAGGACACUGCACUGCCUGGCUCAGAGCCUGGCCUCCUCCUUCUCGUCUGCCCUCAACGCCUCCGUCCUCCACAUCGAUGGAGCCAGCAAAGCCGGCCAGGACAGCGAUCAGGUGAAGCUGGACAUCGACAACCAGUUGCGAGCGGCCUUUGAUGGAGACAAACCCGUGGCCGUCAUCCAUCGCUUCGAAGAGCUGCCCCCAGGCUCCACGCUCAUUUUUUAUCGCUUCUGCGACCACGAGAACGCCGCGUACAAGCGGGUGUUCUUGCUGUUUACCGUGCUACUUCCUCAGGAUGAGGUCAGGGGUGACCAGAAUCUGAAGGAAGUGGAGGAGAUGGUGCAAGACUAUGUGAAGGAAAGGCUGGUGGACUCCAGCAACAAAAUCAACUUCAACGAGAUGGACCUAGACAAGUUCAGUGGACUGUGGAGCCGCAUCUCCCAUCUCGUCUUACCUGUGGUGUCAGAGAGGAACGUAGAGCAGAAAGGAUGCCGAUGAACCAUCAAAGAGGAAGUCGGAAUACCAUUUUGGACCAGCCUGGUCCUCCUUGGGACGGUACAGGAGCGGUGAAACCGAGGUACGACGUAUAAAUAAGUGUGUGUUACAUUAAGACGUAACAUUUCACAUAUAAAGUAAAAAUGAUUGAUCUCUCUGUCAGAGAGGAGGUUGUACUCGGGCCGCAGUCCAGUGUUGAUGAACUGCUUACAAGAUGUCCAGCACUGAGCUUUCAAUACUGCGUACAUGUACAGGCUUUAAGCAUCAUUCCACUUCCAGAGUAGGGUGUGAAAUGCAUAUUCUCCUGCAGAUUUAUCCAACAAUAUACAAUAUAUAGUUGGUUGGUUGGUUGGGGUCAUAGAUGUGUAUCGACAGCACUUUGUUCGACAGCCUUUUAACUGUUACCAAUCUCUCAGGCAACUGAUGGCUUACUUCAUAUUGUUUAAUGUGCAUCCCAUUGUUCAUUUAAUUAUCUCGUGUACACCAUUUGGAUUUGCACUAAAAAACUGUUUGCUUUAAUUCUUAUCUUAUCUUAAGAGUGCUGGUUUUUAUUAAGAUAUAUAUUUUAUACUCUGUUUUUUACUUAAUGUGUAUAUUUGUGAUAUUUUUGUCUCUUUCAUAGACUGAAAUAUGUUUGGACGGCUGUAUGUAUAUAAAUAUAUAUAUAUUGAAUAUGAAAAGCUUUGUUUUUUGCACUUAUCGUAAAGAAACCGCUGAGAUGUUCUUACAAUGUUGUCAACUCUCACCAAGGGAUUUUAAUUAGUAGAAAUGGAAUAUUGCUAAAUAUUAGUCAGCAAAUGUGCCUUAAACACUCGUAUAGAGGAGAUUUUACUAUGUUUGAAACGCACAUCAAUGAUUUGGUUCAAGGUUUCUUGCAGAAAGAUUUUGUGCAAAAAUGACAUUUGAAAAUAUAUUUCUUGGGAUACUUUUCAUUCUUCUUAUGUAUCAUUCUAAGAUGUAUUUGGUUUUGCUCACUUGAAUAUGUGUAUAUUUUCAAUAAAGAUUAUUUUGAUAACUAGAAA